AUGACAAACUCUCCUGAGCUCAAAGAAAAAUGGCAGGAAAGCUUGAUGGAUUGUGCUGAGCAACCAGAAUCACAUGGGUCUGUGCUGAAGGUGCUGGAAAUGGUGUGGAGACCGGCCACUGAUGAUUUUGUGUUCGACCUCAGAGGGCUGCUUGAUAUUCUGAAAGAGAAAGAUAACACAAAACGAAGUGUUCUGCAGUCUUCUGCUCACAUUUUUGACCCACUAGGAUUCCUGACUCCCUUCACCGUCAGGAUUAAGUACUUGUUCCAAGAAAUGUGGGAGAGAGGGCUCAAGUGGGACGAGGAACUACCACCUGAUCUGACAAAGAAAUGGCAACAGUGGUGCUCAGAGCUCCCUCAACUGAAUCAGGUUUCGAUCCCACGAUGGUACCAAACACACAUACCACAGCAGGAUGGUCAAGAGUUAAAGCUACAUGUGUUCUGUGACUCGAGUGAAAGGGCAUAUAGUGCAGUUGCUUAUAUUCAAGGAGGAACGAAGGAAGGAGAUGUGACCAUAAGCCUGGUCGCAUCCAAGUCCAGAGCGGCUCCACUCAAAAGGAUGACACUGCCACGCCUGGAGCUAAUGGGUGCUGUAAUAGCAGCCAGGCUGGGGAACAGCCUCAUGAAGGCACUGCAGCUAGACAAGACACAACUCAGACUAUGGACAGACUCAAUGAUAGUGCUGCAUUGGAUUUGUGGUUCUGCUCAUAAGUGGAAGCAGUUUGUAGCGAAUAGAGUCAUAGAAAUCCAGUCUCUAACUGACCCGCAGUCAUGGUCUCACUGCAAAGGAAAACUUAACCCAGCUGACCUCCCCACUAGAGGCCUAACUGUGCAGGACCUGAAGCAGAGCAUAUUGUGGUGGAAUGGUCCUUGUGUUCUGAUGUCACCUGAUCAGUCAGAAAGCACUCAGGAAGAUGUUCAGGAAGAUGAGGUAAAGUCUGAACUCAGAUCCAAAUACCAGAUUGCUGUGCAGCUUGUUAAGCAAGACCAAGACUUCUUAAGCCCUGUUUUAUGUCUGGAGAAGUACAGCAAACUAAAAACAGUGCUUCGAGUGACAGCCUGGAUAAAGAGGUUUAUCUCCAACACCCGCUCAAGCUCAAAAAUCAGUGGUGAACUGACUGCAGAAGAGUUAAAUGAAGCAGUAAAAACUGGAUAA